AUUUCCUCCUGUACUUCUGCGUAAUAUCUCUCCAAUUCUUCUUCUACGUUUGACGUUGGAGCGUAGACUUGGAUGAUGGCUAUGUCGAUAGGUUUCCCAUUUAAUCUCAUUGAUAUUACUCACUCAGACCUUGCGUUGUAGCUCCUAAUUGCUUUUGCUACAGUACUUCUGACUAUUAAAGCAACCUCAUUUCUUCUUGAUUUCUCAUUUCCUGCAUAAAGUAUUUUGUAGUUGCCUGAUUGAAAAUUCCCGUCCAUUUUAAUUCACUCACGUCAAGUAUUGUAACAUUGAUGCGUUCCAUUUCUUGCUUGACAAUUUCUAACUUUCCCUGGUUCAUGCUUCUCACAUUCCAUGUUGCUAUCGUGUGCGUCCUACAACUCUGGACUCUACUUUCACAUCUGUGCGCAUCAGCCUCUGGGCUUCCUUUCGGCUUUGAGCCAGCUGCGUCAUUAGUCACAGCGCUGCUCAUACUUGUCCUUUGUUCUUCCCCAGUAGCUCCUUGAGUGCCUUCUGACCUGGGGGUCUCAUCUUCCAGCAGUAUCUCGUAUUGCAUUUUGGAUACUCUGUUCAUAGUGUUUUCAUGGUAAGAGAUAUUCAGAGGUGGUUUACCAUUGCCUUCCUCUGAGUUUGGAUGCAUCUUAGUCUGGUGUCUCAGCUUUGAUCAUUCCGCCAUGGGUGCCCCUGCUAGGAGUCUAGCCUCUUGGUCUAGACUCCUGACGGCAUUGCUCUCAGCUUCUUCAACACUCUCAAACCCCCUCAUCACGUUAAGGUGUGCAUCCUAAAGGGGUAUGGCUGGAAGAACAAGAUCUAAUUGUACAGGGGUUGAUGAAGCUGGAUUGGUUUCCACAGUGUCACUGAACUGAGGUUUUUGAACAGUUUCUUGUCCACAAGAGACAUUUGGAUCUACACGUCCCUGUGCUAUUCAUCUCCAGGAGAUCUAAGAUCUUUCUUUGUUAUGGAGAGAGGAGAAUAAUUUCAGUUCAGAACUAAUUAGCUUAUCUGUAUCUUUGAAAGAAAUGUCAACACUGGGCUUUGUCUCUUGGCUGGAAGAACAAGAUCUAAUUGUACAGGGCUUAGACGAAUGGAAGAGAUCAGUUGGUAUGAAUCUGGAAAAUAUCUUGUGGAAGGUUAUAACGGGAACAAAAUGAGGAUGCCGUACCUGCGGUUGCCAGUGAAAUACACACUCCGCAUUCUUGUUACAGUUCAGAACAUCUUUGCAAAGUCGUGUAGUGUUGGUCUUUGGCCAUCCCUGUCUUAUCUCAGCUAAGUUUAAUCCCUUGAAUCUUCAGGUGGAACUUGUUUUAAGUAUUUAAAUUGUGUUUUAAAUUGUUUUUAAAAGAUGUGUUUUAAAUUUGUAUAUUUGUUUUUAAUGUUUUUAGGUACUGUAAACCGCCCAGAGAGCUUUGGCUAUGGGGCAGUAUAUAAAUACAAUCAGUCAAUCAAUCAAUAAAUAUGGACCUGUUUCUGGUCAAAAGUAACUAGUUUUGUCUAUUUCCUUCAAAGAGUCGGACCUCCAUUCGUGUUGGGAAGAAAGAGAAGAUGCCUUUAUCCCGGAUCCCAAAGAAGAGGCGACAUCAACAGCAGGCGACGGGCAGAAGAAUGAGAAUACUAGAGAACCGCAGAUGGUGCCACUGGUAAUAGCCAAGACUGAGAGUCAGAAAGAGAUGUUUGGAAAUCAUGGGGGACCAAAAACAUCUGAAAUAAAGCAGGCAAAGAAUGAGAGCAAGAAAUCCUCUACUUCUCAUACUUUUCAUGCCAGAACACACACUGGAGAAAAACCAUUUAAAUUCAUGGAGUGUAGAAAGAGCUUCAGUGUAAGCGGUAACCUUAAAAUACAUCACAGAACCUACACAGGGAACAAGCCAUUUAAAUGCAGGGAGUGUGGAAAGAGCUUUAGUCAGAGCAGUAACCUUACAUUACAUGAAAGAACCCACACAGGGGAGAAACCAUUUAAAUGCAGAGAGUGUAGAAAGAGCUCCAGUGUAAAAAAUAGCCUUACUUUCCAUCACAGAACGCACAUAGGGGAGCAACCAUUUAAAGGCAGGCAAUGUGGAAAGAGCUUCAGUGGAAGUGGUAACCUUAAAUUACACCACAGAACCCACACAGGGGAGAAACCAUUUAAAUGCAAGGAGUGUGGAAAGAGCUUCCGUCGGAAUGAUCAACUUACAUUACAUGAAAGAACCCACACAGGGGAGAAACCAUUUAAAUGCAAGGAGUGUGGAAAGAGCUUCCAUCAGAAUGAUCACCUUACAUUACAUGAAAGAACCCACACAGGCGAAAAACCAUUUAAAUGCAAGGAAUGUCGAACGAGCUUCAGUCAAAAUCGUCAACUUACUUUACAUGAAAGAACACACACAGGGGAGAAAAUAUUGAAAUGCAAGAAGUGGGGAAAGAGCUUCAAUCAGAGUGGUAACCUUAAAGUACAUGAAAGAACCCACAUAGGCAAGAAACCAUUUAAAUGCAGGGAGUGUGGAAAGAGCUUCAGUCGGAGCAGUUUCCUUACUUUGCCUCAAAGAACCCAUACAGGGGAGAAACCAUUUAAGUGCAGGGAGUGUGGAAAGAGCUUCACUGUAAGCAGUCAGCUUAAAUUACAUCACAGAACACACACAGGCGAGAAACCCUUUAAAUGCAUGGAGUGUGGACAGAGCUUUAGUCAGAGAAGUAAGCUUACUUUACAUCAAAGAACCCACACAGGGGAGAAACCAUUUAAAUGCAAGGAGUGUGGAAAGAGCUUCCGUCGGAAUGAUCACCUUAUAUUACAUGAAAGAACCCUCACAGGCGAGAAACCAUUUAAAUGCAAGGAAUGUGGAAAGUGCUUCAGUCUAAAUCGUGAACUUACAUUACAUGAAAGAAACCACACGGAUGAGAAACCAUUUAAAUGCAAGGAGUGUGGAAAGAGCUUCAGUCAAAAUCGUCAACUUACUUUACAUGAAAGAACACACACAGGGGAGAAAAUAUUGAAAUGCAGGGAGUGUGGAAAGAGCUUCAGUCAGAGCAGUAGGCUUACAAUACUUGAAAGAACCCACACAGGGGAGAAACCAUUUAUAUGCAGGAAGUGUGGAAAGAGCUUCAGUCAGAGUGGUAACCUUAAAAUACAUGAAAGAACACACAUAGGCGAAAAACCAUUUAAAUGCAGGGAGUGUGGAAAAAGCUUCAGUCGGAGCAGUCACCUAACUUUGCAUCAAAGAACCCAUACCGGGGAGAAACCAUUUAAGUGCAGGGAGUGUGGAAAGAUCUUCAAUGUAAGCAGUCACCUUAAAUUACAUCACAGAACACACACAGGCGAGAAACCAUUUAAAUGCAAGGAGUGUGGAAACAGCGUCAGUCAAAAUUGUCAACUUACAUUACAAGAAAGAAACCAAACAGGGGAGAAACCAUUGAAAUGCAAGGAGUGUGGAAAGAGCUUCAGUCAAAAUCGUCAACUUACUUUACAUGAAAGAACACACACAGGGGAGAAAAUAUUGAAGUGCAGGGAGUGUGGAAAGAGCUUCAGUCAGAGUGGUAACCUUAAAGUACAUGAAAGAACCCACACAGGGGAGAAACCAUUUAAAUGCAGGGAGUGUGGAAAGAGCUUCAGUCGGAGCAGUCACCUUACUUUGCAUCAAAGAACCCAUACAGGGGAGAAACCAUUUAAGUGCAGGGAGUGUGGAAAGAGCUUCAAUGUAAGCAGUCGCCUUAAAUUACAUCACAGAACACACACAGGCGAGAAACCCUUUAAAUGCAUGGAGUGUGGACAGAGCUUUAGUCAGAGAAGUAAGCUUACUUCACAUCAAAGAACCCACACAGGGGAGAAACCAUUUAAAUGCAAGGAGUGUGGAAAGAGCUUCAGUCAAAAUCAUCAACUUACUUUACAUGAAAGAACACACACGGGAGAAACCAUUUAAAUGCAGGGUGUGGAAAGAGCUUCAGUCAGAGCAGUACGCUUACAGUACACGAAAGAACCCACACAGGGGAGAAACCAUUUAAAUGCAGGGUGUGGAAAGAGCUUCAGUCAAAAUCAUCAACUUACUUUACAUGAAAGAACACACACGGGAGAAGCCAUUUAAAUGCAAGGGGUGUGGAAAGAGCUUCAGUCAGAGCAGUAGCCUUACGUCACAUCAAAGAACACACUAUGGAGUAACUUUUUUAAUGCAUGGAGUGUGGAAAGCUUCAAUGUAAGCAAUAGGUUUACAUUACACCAGAGAAGAUACACAGGAGAAACAAUUUAAAUGCAGGGAGUAUGGAAAGAACUUCAAUGGGAGCCUCUCUUCAUCUUGCAGGCUACAUAGAUUAAAGCCCUAUACAGGUUGGGGCCAGGAUGCUUAAAAAAUUAUCUCACCUAUUAUAUAUGCAG